UAUUGUUGUACUUUUGAUUGUAUUCAAUAGUUUUUAUUGUUAAUAUUAUUAAUCUAUGUCAAACGAUGUCGGAAUUACCUAAUAAGACACAAACUGAUAUUUACGAUGAAGAAUUUUUUAAUAAUUUACAAAUCGCGAAGCCAUUAGUUCAAUUAAUGGGCUUGAAAAGAGAUAAAGAAAUUUGCAAAAAGUGGAUUCAAAAAUUAUGUAACCUAAAAUCUGAUGAUCCGAUUGUUAAAAAAAACCGAAAUGCGUUUUUCAAAUACAUGCUAAGGAUUAUCCAUAAGGCGGCACAAAAAGAGGCUGAAAAUCCCGCUUUUGAUCCGACGAGUGAGCAAAAAAUUGAAAAUGAAUUUACUAGCAAAUGGUCUAGUGAUAAUAGAACGUACAUUGCUGCCAAACCUUUACCAGGAGAAGGAGCUAUGAUUUAUAUGGCGGUUGCUUCUGAUCCUAAACUUGGUUGGGAUCAUCCCUAA